GUAAAAGAGACUCGAGCUGCACAAACGUGUCUUUGUGAUGUGAAGUCAUGUGAUGUCAUCCUCCUCACUGUAUAAUGGGGAGUUUAGGAUGUCGGAGAGUCCGAUGGCACAGCACGAGCGCUGCAUGAGAGUUUAAUAAUAUGUUCCAGUCCAGGACGGGGACCAACAACCCCCCGUUUAAAAAAAAAGAGUAUCAGCGCUGUCGAGCAGCUUCAGUGACCUCUGCCUGUGUCUGACCCUCUCUCAAGGGUCUUAAACAGUUACAGCAGGCUGAUCUCGCGCUGUGAGGCGGAGCACAGAAUGCCACAGUUACGCGGCCUCCUCAUCACACUUUUAUUUGUUGAGGCAGUUGCUGAAAAAAAGUACUGUUGGUACUUUGAAGGAGAUUACCCUGUGUACUUUGUAUGCAAGACAUAUGAAGACUGCUGUGGCACACAAUGCUGUGUUCGAGCCCUUUCUGUUCAGAGAAUAUGGUAUUUCUGGCUGCUGCUGAUAAUUGGCAUUUUGUGCUGCUGCAGUACUGGAUACUUCAUUCGCAGACGUGUCCACCCUUACCCUCCACCCGACAGACCUGAGUUUAACGUGGCCUUCACCAGACAGCCCAUCAUAUCACCAGGAUUGCGUCAGGCUGGCUUUCACAAUUAUGGAGACUCAGAGACUGCAGUCAUUUCCACCGUCUACCAAGUGCAGACCCACCCUGGUCACGUGACUGCAGUGUAUUCAGCCGUUCCGUCCCACUACAGACAGCCCCCUCCUUCCUAUGAUCAGGUCAUGCAGGACUCACAGAAGAAAUAAACAGACCCUUAGCACAGUGACUUUUUCUGACUCUAUCUGUGAGGUGAAAGAAACAGAAGAAGCUCAACAACUCAGGCAUGACUGCAGGAGAACAAGUACAAGUACAAAAACAAGAAGUUUUUCUCAGUACACAAGACUGCUGGAGGUUUUAGGUUCCUCAUCUGUGGCUACAGUAAAAGUGCGCUUAGUUUUCAAUGUCAGGACUUAAGAAUAUGUUUAUAAGCAUAACGGGUUAAACAAUAGCUUUCACAUUAAAGGCAGAGCAGAUCAGUUUAACAAUAGUAACAAUAGACUCAACAAACUACUUUAUAUUUUAUACUUUUAUAUCGUUCACUUCUAAAAAGAUUUAUUUUGAUACAGAAACAGAGUGUUCUGACAUUAAUAAAUAUGUGUAUUUGUCCCAUAUAAAGGGCCUGAAUGCUUAUUAAAAUGUUAUUGAUUGAAAUACACUGCAUGCAUUUUUAAAAUCCCACUCAUCAUCACCCAUAACCCUAAUAAAGUUUAAAAAAAAUUUAAAACGUA